AAUGAAGCUUUUACAAUCAACAAAGCAGACAAUGCACGAGAGCGAAGUGCUUGAUUAAAGUGGGAGUGCGCGCUCUUGCAGCGUAGACAGACUGUUACGCCCUCUUAACAUUGUCAUAGCCACAUUUACUUCGGUAAACUUCCUCAAAUAUGCCGUUAAGCCAUUAACUUCCUCUCUGAGGGGUGAACACACUCACGUCCUACAGACUUCAACAACUAACUUCCACAGCAGCGGGAUCACGGUCCUCAAGAGCAUCUGAUAUGUUUGACUGCUGAAGUGGAGUGGUCACCUUUGUAUCAUGCAGAGCAUCAAGUGUGUGGUGGUGGGGGACGGAGCGGUCGGAAAAACCUGCCUGCUCAUCUCGUACACGACCGGCGCGUUCCCCAAAGAGUACAUUCCCACCGUGUUCGACAACUACAGCUCCCAAGUCACUGUGGACGGCCGCACCAUCAGCCUCAACCUGUGGGACACAGCAGGCCAGGAGGAGUACGACCGCCUUCGCACGCUGUCCUACCCUCAGACCAACGUCUUCAUCAUCUGCUUCUCCAUCUCCAGCCCCCCGUCCUAUGAGAACGUCAAGCACAAGUGGCACCCAGAGGUGACGCACCACUGUCCCAGCGUGCCCAUCCUGCUGGUUGGGACCAAGAGCGAUCUCCGCAACGACGCAGAUGUGCUGAAGAAGCUUAAGGAGCAGAACCAGGCGCCCAUCACGCUCCAGCAGGGCCACGCUCUGGCUCGCCAAAUCCACGCCGUCAAGUACCUGGAGUGUUCGGCACUCAGCCAGGACGGCAUCAAGGACGUGUUUGCAGACGCAGUGCGUGCCUUCCUCAGUCCUCAACCUGUGGCUGCAAAGAAGCCCUGUAUACUCCUCUGAAAACACAGAGAGCAUAGAGCACUCCAGGGUGGGGCUUCAGAACCUUUUUAGAAAACAAGGCACUUUCUUCACUUGAUGACUGAUUUGGGAACAGCUUGUGUCUUUUUGAUUAGCACAAUCCUCAAUGAGCCAUUAACGUAAAGGAAGGAAGCUUCCAAUUGGCCAAAGUUUCAGUUAAGCUUGUAGAUUUCAAGGCUCAGGGAUUCAUUAACAAGCUCUUUUACCUUCAUAUGUUUGGUUCAGAUGAAUGUAUGACUUUACAGUGCCUUCCUAUAUACAGUAUAUUUUUAGCAUUUUUUUUUCUAUAAUGUUUAGCCUUUUAGCAUUAGAUCAAAUGUUUGCCAAAAGUCAAGAAGAUCAUAUUGUGGCUCAUUAAGGACAGCUUUCUGAAUACUAUGCUGAAGCUCUCAAGUCUCCUUAAUACAUUCACAGCAAACAGAGAAACACUUCAUUGUGCAUCAGUCAUAUGUCAUAGCAUGUGUUGCUCAGUCUGUAUGUGUGCUUUUGGCCAUUAAUGUAUGAGAAAUCCCAAAGUCAUGUGAAAGCAAUACUUUUCAAACAUUGAAUAAUUCAGCUGAGAUUUGUGUGGAUGCUACAGGUCAGUCUCAUGAAACAGGACCCUCACAGAUCAGUCUUGUUUCAUUAAAGAAAUACAAAUGUAUCAGCAUCUCACAUUUUUCAUUCCUGCUGAAAACAGAGGACAUCAUUUACUCUUUGAUGGACUUCCAGAUUCCAAAAUCUCCAUAUCUUGCCUCAGCUUCUUGAAUCAUUCUUUUUAUUUAUUUUAUUUUUCAUUUUAUUGUUUGUCUUGUAUGCCUCACUAAACAGUGACAUUGUGACAUCCUUUAAACCUUUAAAAGGUCAUUUCCCCAAGCCAAUUUUAUGUAAAAUAUUUAUCGAUUUGUAAUUUGUGCAAAUGAAUUACAUUUUUUGUUUUGCGUUUUGAUCACAAUUUGUAUCCUAAUAAAAUUUAAACAGCUUUAUUUUAGCAUCCUACUACA